AUGAUCCACGAUGAUGUCAAGCCUAGUAAUAUUUUGCUCAACGUUGAUUUCAAGGCCAAGAUUAGGGAUUUUGGCUUGGCGAGGUUGAAGACAGAGAAUCUCAUGGAGAAGAGGGAGGAUGUGGUCGAGUGUGGAGAGGACAACGGGUUGAUUUUGGAGGAGACGGAGAGCAUGACCAUUGGGUUUGAUGAGGGUGGUGCUGGGGUGGUUGCUGAUCAGUCCCCAGAGGGCUACGUGGUGAGAAUCUUGGAUUCGAAGGCGUCGCCAGAGAAUAUGGUAGUGUCGCCGGAAGUUGGGGUCAACAAGGCGAGCGCAUCGGACGGGUGCUUCCAUAAGUUGAGCAUGGAUACCGGCAAGGAUUUGAUCAGAAAUGGUACGAAAAAAUGGGGGUUCGAGGAGGGAUUGGUGGUAGAAAUAGGACAAUGGAGGUGGGUCUAA